GUGGCACGCAAGGAUCACGGAGCGGAUUGGUCACUGCACACAUCAAUCGUCGUGACAAGAAAUCACCAAUGUCAAAAUGAGGCUCCUCCACCUGCAAAUUCUUCUUCUCUUGAUUACCACAGAAGUCAUUGCAAACUCUCCGCCAUUCCCAAUAUUCGGACCAUGUCAAAAGCGAUGUAUCACUCAGUUUGGCGAGAUAAAGGAACGCAUCUCGAACACGGACACUUUGUAUCACGAAGUUGAUGUUUUUAACAAGACCGAAUUUUCGCUGUGUAAAUUGGGAUGCAACAGCCCCGACUACACCGAUUUGAACCUGCCUGCGUUUCGCUACGGACAGUCGGCGUUUCAGCAAAUUUCUGCAAAUGUUGACGUGAAACCCCCACGAGAAAACGUGAUCAAAGAUGUGAGCAUUCUGUGCCUGGACAGCAUCCCUUACAUUGCCAAGAACAGCUCAGCAACUACCAGCAAACGGGUAUUUGCUGGAAAAGUCCUAUUUGUGCUGGAUGAUGGAGUCCCUGAAACUGAGAAUGUGUUUUUUGUGGAAGUUGUCGCUCGUGAUGCUGAUGAUGAAGAUACCUAUAUUGUGUAUCAGGAUUGGUGCUACUCCUCUCAUUGCAACUUUACAUUCAAUGCACCAAUUGAAAGCGCAUCUGACUUAGAAGUUCGUCUCAGAGUCUCAACAUUUGACGAAAAUGGAGCCGUUGGAGGGAUUGUUCUCUCCAAAUGGUACAAUAUCAACAACGUUCUCACAAACACCUCGGUAGACAUGUCGUUAAAAUCUGUUGAGUGGAAUGAUGACAAGGCAGCUGCACAUAUGGCAUUCGACCAAGGAACGAGUGUUCAUGUUCCAGCAUGCACGUUACAGAUCAUGUACAAAAAUGGGCUCAGCUCCGAAUAUAAGAGUAUCGACUUUCAAAUGGAUCACACGCGUGAAAUCAUUGUCAAAAAACUCAACUUCAACCAAACGUACACAAUGCGACUUGUACCCGCUAGUGACUCUAAUCAUCCCACAGCUGCACUUGCAACGACAAUGUUCCAAGUCCCAUCAUGCACUGACAUGGUUAACGACAUGAGCAUGUGUGCUCCGCCACCAGUGCAAGCCCUCUACCCACAAUGGAAUUUAACGUCCUCAACCGCUCUUGUUAUCGAAUGGACUUACUUUGCAGAUGGUUCAAUCAAUCAAACACACACAGUUCUUUCAAUGUCUCACUUCAUGUUUUCUGUGCAUCCACUCAUCACUCCAAAUAACAACAAGUGCGAAAAAUACGAGCCCAUUCGCAGAGCAGUAACAUACACCCACCGAAAAGUUGCAUUUUACGUCCCCGAUGCUGAUUGUAACUAUGAGGUAGAAGUAUCUGCAUUCGACAACAAACAAAGACAGAGUGAAUCAAAAAAGAUCAAGAUCAUGAGAGUUAACGAGCCUUCGUAUAUGUCAUUUUUGCUCACAUCUGACAUCCCAACGUCAGUUGGACUAGGAGCUCUCCUCAUUUCCACUAUCAUCGUCCUUGUCCUUAUUGCAAUUCUAUUCAUUCACAAAAGGAGGAAGGCGCCUAAAAAAGUGGAUGACAGUAGUUAUGGAACCGGUGAACGUAUGGUAUACGCAUACGUGGAUACCACUGAUGCAUCAAGAACAGUCAUUGGAGUACGGCCACCAAACUUUAGGCUCGAGCCUGUAGAUCAUAUUAAUAGAAAUAUUGAAGCAGCGUUAGCCCAGCGAACCUAUGGAUACAAUUUGCAGAAUGGAACAAGAAGAGCAAUGUGUCAAAACGAACUGUACCCUUACUAUCAACCACAGCCUCAAAACCGGAUUCCACCGCAUCUUCUCCGUAUGCAACCAAACGGAGUUCCUGGAACAAUGAAGGAAAAUCCAUACGCGACUAUUAUUGCGAUGAGGGAUCCAACAAUGCAGGAACACUCAUACGCAUCGAUUUUGGAUUUCCAUGUGGAUCCAGACUUGAGUGAUGAAGUGUUUGAGGACUCGGCAUCUUCUUCUGAACACAGUAUCACUUCACCGACUUGCAGCCCAUUGGCUCCUAUAGCGUUGUUCGAAUAUUUUGACAAUGUGCCAGCUUAUCCUUGCCAAAAUUUUAAAUUUCGCCAACCAGUCAAACCAGAGGGCAAUCCGCAUUGGAUGAUGACAACUGUAGUAGACUCUGCCAGAAGCCACUGCUACUCCUUGAAAAUUUCAAAGGAUUAUUCUGAACAAACAAUGGCUGCUAUGAGAAAAGAGCUCGAAUUUUUGCAAUCUCUCCCAGCUCACCAAAACUGUGUUCGAUUCGAUGGAGUCUUGAUUGGCAAGUGGGAGUCUAAUCCUUAUCAAGUUGUGGGAAUCCUUAUGGAGAAUUGCCGCGGCGGUUCACUGCAUAACUACAUCAUUUCUGUGGGAUCUGUGCUCCGUCGCCAGGUUAUGGUUACGCCGGUCACUGCAGAUUCAGGAAGACAGAGUCAACAUGACGAUCAUCCAUUGCGAAUCAACAAUGCAUCUCCGAACCCUUCUUCUGGAUAUGAUAGUUUUUCUAGUAAAGAUAGAAAAGCUCCGGAUUGUCAUCAAGACACCGACCCUGCUCAGCACUUUGGAAGGGUUUCAAUUCGAUUCAGUCAGUUUGCGGAACAAAUUUCUUCAGCUCUUGAGCACCUUCACUGUGCUGGAAUUGUCCAUACCAGAGUGACUACCAUUAGUGUGUACCUUCUUCGCGAAUACACUGAUCCACUCGACAUGCUUUGUGAUCAAAUGGUCAAGCUUGGGGACUUUGGAAAUUCUGCUCGUAGUGCAGAUGACGUCAUCAUCGAUCAGAAUCUGCAACCUCCAGAAGUUGCUCUCGGAAAGAAGUAUGAGGCGAAAGGAGAUAUUUGGCAGUUUGGAACCUGCCUUGCAGAGAUGUGCAGCUUAGGUGUGCCGUACCAGGCGCAGAAGCAAAUUCCUGCAUCUGGUCUCGAUGAGUUCGACAAGCUCCCUUCGACAUGUGUGCUCCAAGACGCUGCCAAAAAGUGUCUCAAUGCCAGAAAUCGUCCAUCUGCUUCUGAUCUGCGCGGCGUCUUUCAGACAGAUACUGCACGAAACAUCAAAGCAAUGGAUAUUGCAACAAUGGACCAGAUGAAACAGUCAUUGCUCAUUUAGAAACCAUAUUUUGCAAUCAUUUCAGAUCCCUGUUUAGGUAAUAUAAAACAACAUUUUCAUCAUCUCACUUCGAUUUUUGCUACGGGCAUAUCUCAACAGUUUUUAACUCCGAUAUGUAUGUACCAUGACCUACAAAUUUAUCAAUUGUUUAUUUAAUAAUCCCGCGUGUUCAUUUGUCUAAUCACAGAUUGCAAUAUACAUUGUCCCAUACUUUGCCAACACAACCCUCAUGCCCCUCCAGCCACAUGAUCUUCUAGUCUUCUUCAUGAAAAUUGAAUAUUUGUAGAUAUAUUUCAUUUUGUUAACUUUAUCGAAAAACCAUCCUGUUCUUCCGACGGGUUUAUUGUUUAAUGAAGCCUGCUGCACAAUGUUCUGAAGUCAAUAGCAACAUUUGAGAAUAAAUUAAACUACAA